AACUGGCAAGCACAGUUUUCACGCUAACAAUGGUGAAAAAAAUCAAAACCAUCUUUUGUUAUUUCUUCUUCUUAGCAUUAUCAAAUUUUAAGACUAAAUAGCAGAGAAAACUUGGGUUCCCGCUCUACACUCCUAGCUUUUUCUGUUCUCUCAUUUUACUUGGUUUUGAACAUCUAAUGGCAUCAUCGGAUGAAGAGGGUGAAAUUGUCCCAGAUCUUGUUGAUAGUUAUUGGUUUGAAAAUGAAAAGGAGGAGCUUGUGUCACUUUCUAGUUUGACAGUAUUGUGGAGCAUUAGUGAGAUUGAAUGUGACUUGGAAAAAAAAGUAUUUUUGCGUGGCACCACUGAUGAUGGCCUCCAGAAAAUUCACAAACAGAUCAUAGGAUGGAGAUUUGAACUUUCCCAUCAGCAGCAGCCUGAGAUUUUGGCGCUUUCCAAGGACAAACACUGGAUAACUCUCCAAAGACCAAGAAAGUGUUUUGAAAGUACAAUUAGGACAAUAUUGGUCACAGUAUAUUGUUUGCAUUUUGUGAAAUGGAAUCCAGAGGAAUCUAAAAUAUCUAUUUGGAACAAAAUGCAGAAGGACUUUAGCUCAUUUGAUGUUGUGCCUUCUGAGAAUGAUAUUCUAAGUUAUGUGACGUUGAUUAGAGAGGCUGCUAAAAGGCAUAAAGAUUUAACAAAAUCCAAGUAUCUGCUUGAUUUCAUGGAAAAGACACGUUCAAAUGGACACUUCCAUGAGAACAGGGAUGUUCAUCCUACAAAGCAAUCAAAGUUUAUUGUUGACUCAGAGGAUGAGGAGAAUGACCAAUCUGAUACUGAACUCAAUCCUGAUGGAGAACAAAAUAUUGGAUAUGAUACUGUUUGUGCAAUUUGUGACAAUGGUGGUGAAAUACUUCCUUGUGAAGGAAGAUGUCUGAGAUCCUUCCAUGCAACCAAAGAGGCCGGUAGAGAUACAUCUUGUGAAUCUCUUGGCUUCACUAGUGCUCAAGUUAAGGCAUUUCCAAACUUUUACUGUGAAAAUUGUAAAUAUAAGCAGCAUCAGUGCUUUGCAUGUGGCAAAUUGGGUUCAUCUGAUGUAUCACCUAAAGCAGAGGUAUUUCCUUGUGUUACUGCAAAUUGUGGUCACUACUACCAUCCUGAAUGUGUCACAAGGCUACUUUCCUCUAGUAUUGACACUGAACAAGAAGAAAUGAGAAAGAGAGUUGCUAUUGCGAAAGCAUUUGUCUGUCCUCUUCAUAUAUGUUCUUCAUGUAAAAAAGGUGAAAAUAAAAAUGUUCAUGAUUUGCAGUUAGCAAUAUGUAGACGGUGCCCUAAAGCUUAUCACAGAAAAUGCUUACCCAAGGAAAUUUCCUUCACAUUUGAUUAUGAUAAGGGCAUUGAGCAGAGGGCCUGGGAUGGUCUACUUGACCAUCGAAUUUUGAUAUAUUGCAUGGAUCAUGAGAUAGAUACCGAACUUGGGACUCCUGCUAGAAACCAUCUGGUAUUUCCUAAUGUGAAAGUCAAAAGGAAGAUAAUCGAUUACAAAUUAUUAGGCAAAGGAAAAGAUACUAUAAAAUUGGGACAAAGUUUUGAUGAUCUUCCUUCUAAGAAAACAUUGGUACCAAAUCAGGUCACAAAGCGAAGUGUUAGCAUCCAAGGUGGUGGUUCUGCCAAAGAUAUGGAAAAAAUAUAUUUUAAGAAGGAUAUAUGUUUCUCAAGUGGAUCAGUCAAGUUUGACAUGAACAGAAAAUAUUUGAAGGUUAAAAAGGUUUCUGCAUUGAAUAGUUCCUUACCAAAUCCUGCAAAAAAGUUACCUUUGAAAAAUACUAGCUUGUCCUGUAAUUCAAGAUUACAUGAAGCUAAACCUCUGCAGCGAAAAUUGGUUGGUGGAAGAAUCGGAAAAACAGGUUUAGAGAAGCCUCUAGUAAAAAAAGUCAAAACAUCACUUAACUUUAACAAUGGUGAUAUGGAAAACAGUAUCUUGUCUUUGAUGAAAAAAUCCAUGUCUGCAUUUAAUGAGGAAAAAUUCAAAAAGAACCAUCAAGUCUUCUCUACAGCUUCAUGUUUCACUGAAACUAUAUUUGACAAGAACCUUACUCAAGGAAAAAUAGAAGGUUUAAUUAAGGCUAUUCAAACAGCUUUACAGAGGUUAGAAGAAGGAUGUAGUAUUGAAGAAGCAAAAACUAUUUGUGAUCCAGCAGUCGUCCAUCAGCUUUUUAUUUGGCAGAAGCGGCUCAAGGUCUAUCUUGCACCUUUUCUUCAUGGCAUGCGAUAUACUUCCUUUGGUCGUCAUUUCACUAAAGUAGACAAAUUGAAUGAGGUUGUUAAUAGGCUUCAUUGGUAUGUUCAAAAUGGAGACAUGGUUUUAGACUUCUGUUGUGGUUCUAAUGACUUCAGUUGUCUAAUGAAAUCAAAGCUUGAACAGAUGGGGAAGCUGUGUUCAUUUAAGAACUAUGAUUUAUUCCAACCCAAGAAUGAUUUCAAUUUUGAAAGGAGAGAUUGGAUGAGUGUCAAUGCAGACGAAUUACCCAACGGUUCUCAACUUAUCAUAGGGCUGAAUCCUCCUUUUGGGGUUAAGGGUUGUCUUGCUAACAAAUUUAUUGACAAGGCAUUGACAUUUAAGCCAAAAAUCCUUAUACUUAUUGUGCCAAAAGUAACUAAACGACUAGACAGAAAAAAAGGUGGAUAUGAUUUAAUUUGGGAGGAUGAUGACAUGUUUUCUGGAAAGUCAUUUUAUCUACCUGGUUCUCUUGAUAUACGUGACAAGCAAUUGGAAGACUGGAACCUGAAACCACCACCUCUCUACCUUUGGAGUCGCCCUGACUGGACCACUAGGCACAGGAAAAUUGCUCAAAAGCAUUGCCACACCAAUGGGAAAUAUGAUGUGCAUGUGAAAGGAAAAUAUGUGAAGAAUUAUCUUAUGGAGGAGAAUCAUGACUGUUAUCAGGAUUACCCUGGCUUGCAUGCUCCUGGGGAUGUUUUGAGUAUAAUCGAUGGUGUUCUAGAUGACAAUGGUGACAAUGUGCACCAGCAAGGUGCAACUAGCAUUUCUCUGGGACAGUUGAAAGAGACAGUAAUUUCUGAUUGUAGAAGAGAAAUGGAAUGGGAGAAAGGGUUACCGGUUGAUGAAGCUGAGGAAAUGUGUAUUGAUAUGGACUUAUCAUCUCCCUAGAAUGAGGAUGACUGCAUGGUAGGGGUGGUAAAAGGGUUACUGAGUGAAAAAGUAAUCUCAUGAAAAAUAUUAAACUCACUGAAAUAGAGUAUCAAGAGAAGUUUGUGGAUGAAUAUGUUAAGCAUAUUAAAUAAUACUUGGUGCAUAGGCUAACUGUGUUUUGGUCCUAGUAUAUAUAUAUAUAUAUAUACAGUAUUCAAAUUAGAAUGUGUUUUGGUGCUAGCAUUUUGUUGAUAUUGUAAACUCAAUAGAAAAUUAUGUGUGUUUUAUACGACAUUUGAAGAGUU